UGGGGCGGGCUGCCACCGCCGCCUAAGAUGCCGGCCAUGCGGGGCCUCCUGGCGCCGCAGAACACCUUCUUGGAUACCAUCGCCACGCGCUUCGACGGCACGCACAGUAACUUCGUGCUGGGCAAUGCCCAGGUAGCGGGGCUCUUCCCUGUAGUCUACUGCUCUGAUGGCUUCUGUGACCUCACGGGCUUCUCCCGAGCCGAGGUCAUGCAGCGGGGAUGUGCUUGCUCCUUCCUCUACGGGCCAGACACCAGUGAGCUAGUCCGCCAGCAAAUCCGCAAGGCCCUGGAUGAGCACAAGGAGUUCAAGGCUGAGCUGAUCCUGUACCGAAAGAGCGGGCUCCCGUUCUGGUGUCUCCUGGAUGUGAUUCCCAUAAAGAAUGAGAAAGGGGAAGUGGCACUCUUCCUGGUCUCUCACAAGGACAUCAGUGACACCAAGAACCGAGGGGGCCCUGACAGCUGGAAGGAGACAGGUGGUGGCCGGCGCCGGUACGGCCGGGGAGGAGCCAAAGGCUUCAAUGCCAACCGGCGGCGAAGCCGGGCGGUGCUCUAUCACCUGUCUGGACACCUGCAGAAGCAACCCAAGGGCAAGCACAAGCUCAAUAAGGGCGUGUUUGGGGAGAAGCCAAACUUGCCGGAGUACAAAGUAGCUGCCAUCCGGAAGUCACCCUUCAUCCUGCUGCACUGCGGGGCGCUCAGGGCCACCUGGGACGGCUUCAUCCUGCUCGCCACACUCUAUGUGGCCGUCACCGUGCCCUAUAGUGUGUGCGUGAGCACAGCCCGGGAGCCCAGUGCUGCCCGCGGCCCGCCCAGCGUCUGUGACCUGGCCGUGGAGGUCCUCUUCAUCCUUGACAUCGUGCUGAACUUCCGUACCACGUUUGUGUCCAAGUCGGGCCAGGUGGUGUUCGCCCCAAAGUCCAUUUGCCUCCACUACGUCACCACCUGGUUCUUGCUGGAUGUCAUCGCGGCGCUGCCCUUUGACCUGCUACAUGCCUUCAAGGUCAACGUGUACUUCGGGGCCCACCUGCUGAAGACCGUGCGGCUGCUGCGGCUGCUUCGCCUGCUCCCGCGGCUGGACCGGUACUCGCAGUACAGCGCCGUGGUGCUCACCCUGCUCAUGGCCGUGUUCGCCCUGCUCGCCCACUGGGUGGCCUGUGUCUGGUUCUACAUUGGCCAGCGGGAGAUCGAGAGCAGCGAGUCGGAGCUGCCCGAGAUUGGCUGGCUGCAGGAACUGGCCCGCAGACUGGAGACCCCCUACUACCUGGUGGGCCGGAGCCCAGCUGGAGGGAACAGCUCUGGCCGGAGCGACAACUGCAGCAAUGGCAACGAGGCCAAUGGGACAGGCUCUGGCCGGAGCGACAACUGCAGCAAUGGCAACGAGGCCAAUGGGACAGGGCUGGAGCUCCUGGGCGGCCCGUCGCUGCGCAGUGCCUACAUCACCUCCCUGUACUUCGCGCUCAGCAGCCUCACCAGCGUGGGCUUCGGCAAUGUGUCCGCCAACACGGACACCGAGAAGAUCUUCUCCAUCUGCACCAUGCUCAUCGGUGCCCUGAUGCACGCGGUGGUGUUUGGGAACGUGACGGCCAUCAUCCAGCGCAUGUACGCCCGCCGCUUUCUGUACCACAGCCGCACCCGCGACCUGCGUGACUACAUCCGCAUCCACCGAAUCCCCAAGCCCCUCAAGCAGCGCAUGCUGGAGUACUUCCAGGCCACCUGGGCUGUGAACAAUGGCAUCGACACCACCGAGCUGCUGCAGAGCCUCCCGGACGAGCUGCGUGCAGACAUCGCCAUGCAUCUGCACAAGGAGGUCCUGCAGCUGCCCCUGUUCGAGGCAGCGAGCCGAGGCUGCCUGCGGGCGCUGUCCCUGGCCCUGCGGCCCGCCUUCUGCACGCCUGGCGAGUAUCUCAUCCACCAAGGGGAUGCGCUCCAGGCCCUCUACUUCGUCUGCUCCGGCUCCAUGGAGGUGCUCAAGGGUGGCACUGUGCUCGCCAUUCUAGGGAAGGGCGAUCUGAUUGGCUGUGAGCUGCCCCAGCGGGAGCAGGUGGUAAAGGCCAAUGCCGAUGUGAAGGGGCUGACUUACUGCGUCCUGCAGUGUCUGCAGCUGGCCGGGCUGCACGAGAGCCUCGCCUUGUACCCUGAGUUUGCCCCGCGCUUCAGUCGCGGCCUCCGAGGGGAGCUCAGCUACAACCUGGGUGCUGGGGGAGGUCCUGCAGAGGUGGAUACCAGCUCUCUGAGUGGUGACAACACCCUUAUGUCCACCUUGGAGGAGAAAGAGACAGACGGGGAGCCAGGCCCCACAGCCUCGCCGGCCACCGCUGAUGAGCCCUCCAGUCCCCUGCUCUCCCCUGGCUGCACCUCCUCCUCAUCAGCUGCCAAGCUGCUGUCUCCACGUCGAACUGCACCCAGGCCACGUCUAGGUGGCAGAGGACGGCCAGGCAGGGCAGGGGCUCUGAAGGCCGAGACUGGCCCCUCUGCUCACCCACGGACCCUGGAGGGGCUGCGGCUGCCUCCUAUGACAUGGAACGUGCCCCCAGAUCUGAGUCCUAGGGUGGUAGAUGGCAUUGAGGAUGGCUGUGGCUCUGACCAACCCAAGUUCUCUUUCCGUGUGGGACAGCCUGGCCCCGAAUGUAGCAGCAGCCCCUCCCCAGGACCAGAGAGUGGCCUGCUCACCGUCCCCGUGGGGCCCAGCGAGGCAAGGAACACAGACACACUGGACAAGCUCCGGCAGGCGGUGACGGAGCUGUCCGAGCAGGUGUUGCAGAUGCGGGAGGGACUGCAGUCACUUCGCCAGGCUGUGCAGCUGGUUCUGGCGCCCCACAGUGAGGGCCCGUGCCCUCAGGCGUCAGGAGAGGGGCCGUGUCCAGCCAGCGCCUCUGGGCUCCUGCAGCCUCUGUGUGUGGACACUGGGGCAUCCUCCUACUGCCUGCAGCCCCCAGCUGGCUCUGCCUUGAGUGGGACCUGGCCCCACCCUCGUCCAGGACCCCCUCCUCUCAUGGCACCCUGGCCUUGGGGCCCCCCGGCAUCUCAGAGUUCCCCUUGGCCUCGAGCUGCAGCUUUCUGGACCUCCACCUCAGACUCGGAGCCCCCUGGCUCAGGAGAACUCUGCUCUGAGCAUAGCACCCCAGCCUCACCUCCUCCUUCUGAAGAAGGGGCUAGGACUGGGCCCCCAGAGCCCAUGAGCCAGGCUGAGGCUACCAGCACCGGAGAACCUCCACCAGGGUCAGGGGGCCUGGCCUUGCCCUGGGACCCCCACAGCCUAGAGAUGGUGCUUAUUGGCUGCCACGGCUCUGGCACGGUCCAGUGGACCCAGGAGGAAGGCACAGGGGUCUGACCGCCAGCCCCGGCACUCAGUGUUGCCAGACAUGCUGCCAUCUAUCUGCUGCUCCGCUCGACCUCAGGGUGGAGGAGGGCGGCAGCCACCCCGGACUCCUCACUGCUCAGGGCAGGAGCCUGUCAGCAAAGGGGGCCUGGCCCAGACUCUCACAGAGAGUGGGCAAGAGCCUCGGCUGGCCCCUAUUCCAGGGUCCCUCCUUGGCCGACUCCUCUGACCUCCUGUCUCCCUUGCAGGCUGGGGAGAGGCCUGAGGACAAGGAUGGGCUCUGCCAUCCCUUGCAUGUGCCCCAGCCUCUACCC